UAACUCUCCAAAUGAUUCACCAGCUGGAAACGGUAUAACCAGUGUGCUCAAGCAAAUAAGAAUGAGUCGCUAUCCUUUUAUGAAGCACAUAAGGCUAUCUGUCUCAAAUUAUGUUUUCUUUUAAUAAGUGCUUUCGGAAGGUGGCAGAUCCCCAGCAGCAUUGUCACCCAGCAGCGCCCCUCCCUAGGCUGUGCAACGUGCGCCUGUGAACUGCAGGCUCAAGUGUAAUUUAACAGAGUUAACAAACAACAGAAACCCGUAUAUAUCUCGGCGGAGGCACAGACUGCAGCCUCGGCCGCCGCCUUAGGCAAGCAGCAUCCACCGCCGGCCCUCUCUCCUGGCAGCUCCGGAGGCCCUUCCUGGCCGUUCACAGGCAAGCGGAGGAAGGGAAGAGACGCAGCAGCUCCUGCCCUGGGGCUGGAUCGGCGGCCGCGGGCCAAGGACAUGAUGGAGCUCCUAGAGGAAGAUCUGACCUGUCCCAUUUGCUGUAGCCUGUUUGAUGAUCCUCGUGUCCUGCCCUGUUCACACAAUUUCUGCAGAAAGUGUCUGGAAGGAAUUCUUGAGGGAAAUGUGCGGAAUGUGCUUUGGAGGCCAUCCCCUUUCAAGUGCCCCACAUGCAGGAAGGAGACUCCUGUCACUGGAAUCAACAGCUUGCAGGUCAACUAUUCCCUGAAAGGGAUCGUGGAGAAGUACAACAAAAUCAAAGUAACUCCAAAAAUGCCUGUGUGCAAAGUGCACAGUGGGCAACCCCUUAACAUUUUUUGCAGGACAGACAUGCAGCUGAUCUGUGGGGUUUGUGCCACCCGUGGUGAUCACACAAAGCAUGUUUUCUGUUCCAUUGAAGAAGCUUAUUCCCAGGAGAAGCGGGCUUUUGAAACCUUGUUUCAGGGAUUUGAAACUUGGCGUUGUGGAGAUGCUCUCUCACGGCUGGAUACCUUAGAGACCAGUAAGAGGAAAGCUCUGCAGAUGCUGACGAAAGAUUCUGACAAAGUGAAGGAGUUCUUUGAGAAGCUGCAGCACACACUGGAGCAGAAACGAAAUGAGAUUCUGUCUGACUUUGAGACCAUGAAGCUUGCAGUGAUGCAGGCCUAUGAUCCAGAAAUCAAUAAACUGAACACGAUUCUGCAAGAGCAGCGGAUGGCUUUUAACAUUGCAGAGGCCUUCAAAGAUGUGUCUGAACCCAUUAUAUUUCUGCAACAGAUGCAGGAAUUCAGGGAAAAAAUCAAGGUGCUCAAAGAAACCCCUUUACCUUGUUCCACUGUGGACAUCAGUCCCACAAUGAAGAGCUUUGAUACCAGCCAAUGGAAUGGAAUAAAACUUGUUGAUGUGGACAAACUUUCCUUGCCUCAGGAAAGCAACACUUUCAAAUUCAAGAUUCCCUCAAUCUUUUCACGCAGAUUUAUAGUGAACUCUCUUAUUUUCUUGCUUAUUCUUGCUGUCACCAGAAUGUCCUUUGUGGAGUCAGUCAUUGACAACCUCCAGUGCUGGAAAUCUCAGUUCCUUACAAUUUGCUUGUCCUAUUUGGCAGAUACUGUGGAGAUAGCAGAUCAUGCAGUCUUUUACUGGGAACAGAUGACAGAUGGAGCUUCACUGUUAAGAGAAAAGUGUAAAAACUAUACAUUGGUUGUACUGGAUAACGUUGCACAGUUUGUGUGCAAAUAUAAACUGUUGUGAAGCGUCUGC